UUAGUCAGAGGAAGUCCUCAGCGCCUUUAUGUAAUAGAGUAGGGCCCGGUGCGGCCAUCCACCGAUCAUCCAGUAGCUGAUCGAUCGUUCUAGCGGUUGGAUGUGUGUAGCAGGCGUUUAAGCGCUACUUAAGCCGCCGUAAGCGCGUUAGACGACGAACUGGAUCACUGUUGCGAACUUCAAUUACCUUACCUGAGCACCGAGUGGGCUUUUUUUAGUGCUUGUGUGUGUGUGCUGUGACUCUGCGUGUGUGUGUGUGUGUGCUUUAUUGUGCUGUUAAAAUUCUCCUUCGUAUCAAAAAUGUCGCUCAAACCGUUUGACAUUGAGGUGGAUGCGCCCGGCGACGAGCUGAUGGAGAUUGCGCGCCGCGAGCUGCGCGAAACGCCCGAAACGCGCGCACAGGCGGUGGAAGAGCUGCGGGCGCUGUUGCGCGAGGCGAAGGAUAUGCACUUCAGCGAGGAGGAAGCGUUUCUGCUUAUCUUUCUCCGGCCGUGUCACUUUUACGCCGAAAGUGCGCUGAAAAUGAUGCGCCGUAUUGCCGAGUUCAAGAAGACGAACCAUCCGCUCCUGCACGCCCUCAAGCCGGAGGAGGAAAAGCUCGCCUUUGUCGAGCACAACGUCGUGAACGUGCUGACCAACCGCGACCAGAAGGGGCGCCGCGUGCUGCUGGUCAACUGUGGUGCCGCCUGGGACCCGAAAGCGGUCAGCUCGGAGCAGCUGUUCCGGGUGUUCUUUCUCAUCCAUCUCGUCGCCCAGCUCGAGCCGGCCACCCAGAUCAACGGGGUGGUGGUGGUGCUCGACUUUGACGGGCUUUCGCUCAAGCAGGUGAAAGCGCUGUCGCCCUCGUUCUCCAAGCGGCUCAUCACGUUCAUCCAGGACGCGAUGCCGCUGCGCCUGAAGGAGGUGCACAUACUGAAGCAGCCGUACAUCUUCAACAUGGUGUGGGCACUCUUCAAACCGUUCAUCCGCGAGAAGCUAAAGAGCCGCAUCUUCUUCCAUGGUAACGAUUUGAGCAAAUUCCAUCAGUACAUCAGCGUCGACCGGCUGCCCGCUGACUACGGUGGUAAUUUGCCCGCGAUCGACUACACCGGGAAGGAUUGGUAUCCGUGCGUGGCAUCACACCUCGACCAUAUCAACAAGUACCAGCGGUGUGGAUUUGUGGAGCCUUCGAAGGAGUAGCGCCCCCUAGUUAGUUGGCGCGCUAGUGCUGCGGAGCUGGAUCGGGGUUUGCCACUUCUAGUUUUACGGGUGAUUGCACGUCCAAAUAAGGGUGUGGGCAAGGGGGCGGGGGGGGGGGCGAGGAUGCCUUGUGUUUGAUCAACAUUGUCACUCGCUUCUGUACACAGCGAGCGUAAUCGUGGUCUCAGAUGUGUGUAGCACAAACAACUCAAUAAAUUAAACACCCAAUUCUAAACAUCGCUCACGCAACUUCUUCCUUUGGUUUGGCGAAAGGUCAGUGGUGUGUGUGUACGGGCGUAGCGAUAAGGUUUGUAAUCGCGCUUGAUGUUUAUUAGUGAACUGCUUUAGUGGAAUAAAAAUUGAACAAAAACACCUUCGUUCUUCUUUGAUCGAGCAGUUGAUUGUGAGUAGUUUUGCUCCCAUGAAAAAUAGCAAAAACUUAAGGAUAAUAAAUCAAGUCCCUGUUGCACGGUGGUUCCCGUCCAAAGCAAUCAGUAGACUCACCUUUUGUCGAUUUUCAAGCAUCAUUUUUAUUCUUUGAAUGAUCUUUCAGCGUGCUCUGGCUAUGUUGGGCAUCCAGAUGGCACCACUGUACCAACACUUACAAACGAUAUUUGAAGUAAAAUGUGUGUUUAACACUAUUUAACGCUCGAAUUACUGUAUGAAUGAGCAAAAUAAAUGUGUGUUUAAUGAGUAUACUGGUAGAAAACAUUUUUAUCAUUUUUUUUUAUUCUUUUAUUAAGGAUUAUCUCAUUUUUACACAAUCACACAUAAACGGGGCAAAACUGUUCUUAUUCAAAUGCUUAAAACAUCAUAAAGAGCUACUAGGAACAGCUGAAAUGUCCAGGAAAUCGCAAAAAGAUGUUGAAGGACGAAGACAAGCGUGCAGUCAUGUAUUGAAGAUCUAACUCGAUUUUUAACAGUUAUUCUUCAGUUUUCGCGAUAAAAUUGUUGAAAUAGAGCUUUUGCAUCAUGCUGGUGCAGAAAAAUGGGGUGGAACGCAAGGGUGGGAGAUGUUGGACCGGUGCACGUACUAGGGUGUCGUUUCGAAAUUAAGACGAAAUUCGCUUACAAUGGUCCAAUUAAGUUUUGACGUCAUUGAUUGCUGCUGCGAAGCUAGUGGUCCCGAUUUUUGCUUCCUGAUUUUUGCCAGGUACUAUUUCACUGUUUGGCGGGAUGCAUCGACCUCCCUCGGCCAAGCGAACGCAGCAAUGUAGCAAUCAUUUUUUCCCUCCGUCUCCAUUUUCAGCAUCAUGUGGAGCUUCUUGUCGCUCAGAGUCGUCGGUUCUGUAGAACCGGGCCUUAUUUUGAUCCUCUAAUUGUUGGCUAAAAGUGCCAAGAUGUUGCAGAUGCAGAAACAAGCUAAUACGACGUCCACAAAUUGACCCACGGAGUCCGUUUUAGACGCUGCGGGAUGUAGUUUUUUGAUCGCGCACGCUUCUAAACAAAGUUGCAUUACUUUCUUGGCCAUCACCGCUAAAGUUCAACUUAUAGAGGCGUCAAUUUUUUUCCAGGAACUUACCGGUUGCUAAGAUCGAUAUAGCGGAAGAAAGUUUGUAAAUACAAUCAGUUCACUUUAAGAACCCAUGAAAAAUCUUUGACUUGACAACAUUUCGUGAAAUACAAUCGUUCAUCAAUAUUUGCCUCUAAUGCAUCAACAAUUUUUGGCUUAGAGACAAAAUUAGGUGCGUUAGAG